AUGACAGUAGAUGCUGGAAAGGGGUUCAGCUUGCCCUCGGGCCCAGCCUCGUUAUGCUUCGAUAAAGAGGAAUUUAUGAAGCCUGGUUUUGACGUAGAUCAGUUUGUAUUAGAAUGUAGAAGAAGGGUCCAGUUAGAAACACUGCGAGAUGAUCUCAAUAUUUAUCUCAAGAUUUUAAAAAGUGCUAUGAUUGAACUCAUCAAUAAAGAUUAUGCUGACUUUGUCAAUCUUUCAACUAAUUUGGUUGGAAUGGACAAAGCUAUAGGUCAUUUAACAGUUCCACUGGGUCAACUGAAAGAAGAGGUUAUGAGUGUUAGAUCUGCUAUGGAUGAAGCUAUAGAAAUAGUUGAACAGAAAUUAAAACAACAGAAAGAUAUUCAACAUAAAAAGGCUUGUCUACAGAGGUUGAUGAAUAUAACCGAGUCAGUAGAGAAAAUUGAGAAAUUACUGGGUAUACACAGUGGACUGUCUGAUCACAGUGAGGGGGGUGUUACUCCUACUACUGGUCAACUCAGUGGACAGUUGAUAGAACGAGUUGCCACAGAAUUCAACAAGUUACAAUUUUAUGUGACUAAAAGUCGAGGACUACCUUUGGUAGAGAAGAUUAAACCAAGAAUAGCAAACAUCACUACGACCCUACAGUUUAGUUUAGAAGGAGGGUUUUUAGAUGGUUUAGCUACGAAUAAUGUAGAAAUACUAAGGCAGUGUUUACGAACCUAUGCUUUGAUUGAUAAAACUAGGGAUGCAGAGAAUCUAUUUAGACAACAUAUCGUCAAACCUUAUAUGGAAGAGGUUGUAACAGAAGACUAUAUAAAAGUCAAUGGUUUAGAAGGAAUGAUUAAGAAAAUAUUAGAAUUUAUACCAAAACAUUGUAAAAUAUUGAAAGAUGUCACUAGUGGUGUUUCUGGUACUGGUGAAAUUGUACGUGGUUAUGAUUUUUUAGUGAACUCUGUUUGGCCAGAGAUUGUUGGUAAUUUAGAGGCGAGAACACCAACAAUCUUCGCACCUGGUAACCCUGAUACCUUUCAUGAGAAAUAUCUACUGUGUAUGGAGUUUCUGUGUAAAUUUGAAAAGUUGUGUGGUAACCAAGGUAGUAUAAAACAUUUACGAGAACAUUCAAGUUACCACACAUUCCUUACAAAAUGGAGUCUACCAGUUUAUUUCCAAAUAAGAUUUCAAGAUAUAGCUGGAUCCUUUGAAACAGCCCUAGUUACAGGUUUCAAUAACUCACAAGAGUCUACAUUUCAACUAAUGUCUACUUCUGUAUUGUGGCAAUGUUUACAUAAAUGUUGGAAGAAAGAGAUCUAUCUACCAGCCCUGUCUCACAGAUUCUGGAAACUGACUAUACAGUUAUUAUCAAGAUAUACAGCAUGGUUAGAUGAAGUCUAUGAAGAAGAGAACAACAGAAGAUCAGAAUUAGAUAAGCCAAUGAAGACAUCACAAUCAGCAAGUAGUUUAGAUAGAAUGAGCAUCACCCCGGAUACAUCACGAUCUGCAUCACCAUCACCACAAGAUGCGAUGACAUCAUCAAUGACAUCAUCAGUAAAUCCUCCAAUCACAGUUGGUCAAAUUGUUUGUCUGAUAUCUGACUCUGUUUUACUCGUUCAAAUGGUUGAAGAAUUUUUUGAUACAGAAAUAGCACCAUUGUUAGAAAAAGAGUCUGUUGGAAAUAUUUCAGUCUUAAAAGAUUGUAUAAAAGAAUGUAUAGUGAAUAUAGAAGAAAGACAGCCCAAGUUUCAGUUAUUUAUAACCAGUGAUAUUAUUAAACAAUGUUCAGUAUAUUUAAAACAAGUCAGUGAUAUACCACGACUAUAUCGUAAAACAAACAGAGAGGUACCCAGUAAACCAUCCAACUAUAUCAUCAGUUUAGAAAAACCAUUAAAAAACUUUCUAGAAGAACAUCAGUUAGAAUCUAAACAGAAAGCAGAUUUUCUAACUCAAGUAUUCUCCAGUUUGACUGAACAAUAUAUAACAGUGACAUCAGACGUUCUCACCUCUGUUAAGAAAAUGGAGGAAAGUUUAAAAAGAUUAAAGAAAGCUCGUGGAACUGACAAAUCUUCAGAUAGCAAUAGUCAUGGGAUGAGCGAUGACGACAAAGUUAGACAGCAAAUUAUACUAGAUAUAGAUUGUUAUGGUAAUCAGAUAUCAGGCCAUGGUAUUGACAAAUCAGCAGUCAAUGGAUUUGAUAAGUUAUUGGAAUUAGCUCAAGAUGCCAAAUCAGCUAUGACUUCAUGAUUGUUGAAAUAUCUUUAUCUGCUUGAAGAUGAAAUAGAUUGUAAAAAUGUUUUCUGAAUUUUUUAUGUAAAACGGGGACACUUAUAGCAUUCAUUUGCACCAUUCCAAUUUUAAAUCAGACUUCUGUUGGUUCUUUCAAUUCCACAAAAUUGAAGUGUUUGAUGAUGUCACUUAUCCCUAAAUUUGCUUAUGACAUAAGGCACUUUAGUGACGUCAUUAAACACUUAGUUUUAGUGGAAUUGAUUGAAUGGUGUCCUCGAUACACAUAAAUUGUUAGAAAACUUUUUUACAAUCACUUUAAAAUAUCUUACAAUUUUCGAAUUUCCUUAAUCAAAGAUUUUUGAAAAAUUGUAAUUUUAUGAUAAUGGUCAAAUCAUGUGUAUAUUUGGGAAAAAUAUAUUUGUGCAAAUAAUGUAAAAAUUUGGGCAAAUUUUUUUGGGGAUAUUACAUUAUGAGGGAGAAUUUACAUUCCUUGAUGUUUUCUCAUG